GGGCGAUGAUGGCCGUCUGUCUGAUAGCUCACCUCGUCCGCUCUCCACCAUUCGAUCGCAUCCUCUGCUGCAAUAUCCAUUCCGAACCGCCUCGUGACCGAUCCAUACACUGAAAUUCCAUACGAACCUGCGAACUAGAGGCAGUGAUAUUUUCUUCUCUUGAAUACAUCUAGGCAGCGACUUAUCACGUUUGUGACGAGGGGUUUUCCACUUUGACGUGCGGAUAGUGCCCCCGGAAUUCUUGAAUUCGACUCUCGAAGCUCGUGAACACUUGGAACAAGGCUACAUCUUUCGGGCUUGCAGUGCCAACUCGGGUUCUUAUCUCUAAACGACGUCCUAUUCUCCAUCGAAUCUAACGGGCUAUUGGUGUAUGGUCCACGUGCGCGGAACAAACGAAAUGGAUUCGACAUUGCCAGACGCUUUCGAAGCUUCUCAGACCGGAUCAUUUUCGGGACAGGGAGCCGGCUUAGGGAAUGCUGACUUGGAGAACAUCAGUGGCAAUACAGUCGCUGCGGGGUCAUUAGUUCGAGUUGAUGAUCCCCCCAAAUUCGAGCUCGAGUCAUACAUUGCAAAUUACACUGGCAGAACUAGAUUUGAUCGCCUAUUCCUCAUCGGAAUCUGUUCCUCUUACCUUUCCACCGAUGCUUUGAAGGCUGCAAUCGUCGAGGCUAAAUCGAGCAAGGAUGUGAUUCGAUAUGAACGUGCGGUUCGGGCGCUUGCGGACACUGCAUCGACUGAGAGUGAAGCCACUCUAGACACGGACUGGAUGGAUUAUAUGCAGAAAGUCGUCAAGACAGAGUCGGACCGGCUAGAGCAUGAAUUGAAAGGAUACAAGAAUAACCUGAUCAAAGAGAGCAUACGGAUGGGAAAUGAAGAUCUGGGGCUGCACUAUCAUCAAAUCGGAGACUUGGUUGGCGCAUCGAAGGCCUACUCCCGCAUGAGAGAUUACUGCACAACUCCCAGCCACAUCGCUUCGAUGCUGUUCAAGAUAAUCAACGUGGCCAUUGAGCGUGGGGAUUGGCUUAGUGUGCAAUCUAACGUGCACCGCCUACGUAAUCUGCAAUCGAAGCCAGAGGAGCAGACCAAAAACCAGCCUAAGAUGAAUGCCGCAUUGGGCUUGUCGCAGCUACACUCCGGAUCAUAUCUAGAUGCUGCUCACAGUUUCUUGGGGACUGAUGCAAACUUGGGAGCAUCUUACAAUGAGGUUAUCACAUCCAACGAUGUCGCUGUGUAUGGUGGGCUCUGCGCGCUUGCAUCUAUGGACCGAAACGAUCUCCAGCGCAAGGUGCUUGACAACAACUCUUUCCGGAACUUUCUCGAGCUGGAACCCCACAUUCGCCGUGCCAUCUCGUUCUUUUGCAAUUCCAAGUUCCGUCCUUGUCUGGAAAUCCUUAAUGCUUACAAGACUGACUACCUUCUUGACAUUCACCUGCAGCGCCAUGUCGCUACUCUGUACACUCGCAUUCGCACCAAGUCGAUUGAACAAUACCUAGUUCCUUUCAGUCGCGUGACCCUAGAUUCCAUGGCGAAGAUAUUUGCUCCAGCAGCAAUCGAAGAACAGACCAGUCUUACUGAUCCAAAGUCGCCAUUUGUGAAGGAAUUGAUUCAACUAAUCGAAAACGGCACUUUAGAUGCCCGCAUCGACCUGGAGAAGGGAGUGCUGGUUUCCAACCAAACGAAUCUGCGGACGGAGGUGCAACAGGCGGCCCUUGACAGCUUGACGAAUUAUACACGGGAGGCUCACCUUCGAUUGUUGCGGACUAACAUUCUCUAUGCUGGAUUGGAGGUGCGCCCGCCCCCAGGGGAGAGAAAGCAUGGAGCGGAGGAGCGGUCUGGGGCUAAAGGGAAAUACUAUCGGAACACACCAAGUAUGCUUGGGUGAGGACCUGGAAUGAUAUAGAAAUAGAUUCCAUGGUCACUUUAUGGAGACUUCAAGUAUUCUUAUUCCUGGAAAGAGAAAAUGACUCAUGAAUUGACGUUACUCG